CUCCCCUUUUCCCUUACUCGAACCACCAAAAGCAUCUCCUUUUGCUCUCCACACACUCCGAGAAACCCGACCAGAGGAAUCGCCAGGGUUCUUCUUCCUUCGUCGGACUUCAAUCCGAGCGGAAGGCACCGAAUCUUGUUGCUCGCUUCGUCGCUCCUCUCAGAUCCGAAGCUUCGAAUCUCUUCCUCGCAGGUAGAUCAAAGCGUCGGAGAGGGGACAUGGGGAAAAACCAGGGAGUCAGGAUCCUUUUGGGCUUAACCUUCUCGUUCCUUUCCCUCCUCCUCCUGUACGCGUGGUAUUACUGUUAUCGGAGGAGAUUUUCGUCGAGGAGGAGCAAAGGCGGCUCCUUGGAGGACGGCGGUGGUGUUCGAUAUGGGGGAGAGGAGGAAUUGCAGGCGGAGGAGCUUAUCAAGUUCGCCGGAGGGGAGAGUUUGACGGCCCACGACAUCUUGGACGCGCCGGGGGAGGUGGUCGCCAAGUCGGGGUACGGGACGCUUUAUCGGGCUAGCAUUCAGAAGAGCAACUCGGUGGUGUUGCUCCGGUUCGUCCGGCCAGAUUGCGUUGGCCGGACCGAGGAGGUGCUGCCGGCAGUCCGGACGUUGGGAUCGGUCCGGCACCCGAAUCUGGUGCCGAUGAGGGCCAUGUAUGUGGGGCCGAAGGGGGAGAAGCUCUUUGUGCAUCCUUUCUAUGCCGCAGGGACUCUAGCACAGCUCCUGAGAGCUGGUGUUGCUGAAUCGCACAGAUGGGAUAUCAUCUACAAAUUAUCUUGUGGCAUCGCCGGGGGGCUGGAUCACCUGCACAAUGGGUAUGAGAAGACCAUAAUCCAUGGCAACCUCAAAUCGAACAACAUUUUACUCGAUGCUGAUUUCCAGCCUCGCCUCUCGGAUUUCGGUUUGCACAUCAUACUGAAUCCAGCUGAAACCCAGGAAAUGCUUGAAGCCUCAGCAGCUCAGGGCUACAAAGCCCCUGAGCUGAUGAAGAUGAAAGAUGCCAGCAGGGAGACCGACGUCUACAGCUUGGGGGUCGUCUUGCUCGAAAUGCUCACUCAAAAGGAUCCCAUCAAUAACGAUUUCUUGCAAUCGAAGGAUCUUCAUCUGCCCUCGUUCUUGAGAAUUUUGGUUCUCGAGCAUAAAGUCUCUGAUGUGUUCACCUCGGAGCUCCUAAAGGAGAGUAUAAAUCAGAAUUCUAGUAAUGAAGAUGGUCUGGUGAUGCUCUUUCACCUGGCAGUGGCUUGUUGCUCUCCGUCGCCUACCAUGAGGCCAGACAUCAAAACAGUUCUCGGGCGGCUCGAAGACAUUGGUCGAUGAUGAUCAUCCAUCCUGGGAGUGAUGGUAGCUAGCAGUAGCAGUAGCAGUAGCAGUGGUACCAACUAUUGUUGAUGAUGUGCUAACAGAGGAGACAAAACCUUAAAUUUGCAAAAGUAGAUUAGGACCCAUUUGAUGUGUUGUUGGCUUAGCAAAUUUGCAUCCCUUGUGACUUCUGGAUCAGAGAUCUCUGCGAGCGUGAGGAACAUGUGGUUGUUGGUAUGUGCAUUUGUUUGGUUACAGAGGAACCAUCAUGCAUGAUCGAUCCACAAGAGUUCCAGUUGACAAUGUAUAGUCUUCCCUAAUGGGAUUGGGAAGAAACAUGUGGCCAGAUAGAUAGCUACAAGACAUGGACAAAUUUGAACUCUUGGAGAAAGUUAACUAGUGGGAGCUCAUCUGAAUCCCCUUUUGGUUGUCUUCUCUCCACCGCGGAUUAGCAUGAGUUGGAGAUCCGUCAUAAGAACAUGAAACCAGCAAAAUCCAAUGCAAUCAAUCUUUAUCUCUCCUUGGAGACUCCCAGUCUGAUGCUUGUGGUCCUCGGUCCCCUACUGUUCUGUCGAUGCAUCGAAGAAGAAGAAAUCAUGUGAUUGGUGCUUCUUUUAUCUUGCCUAUUAAAUGGAUUUGGCUAGAUGUGCAGGGACCUGAAACCUUCACUGCCACCUAAUUGUGGGGAUUGGUUUUGGAUGGUGUAACCUGUUGUUGGCAGACCUUCUUCACUGCCACCUAGUGAUGAGGAGUGUGGUUUUUAGUGGUGCAACCAGUUGCCAAGUACAGCAGCAGGUCUAAAGC